GACAUCCUAAAUAGUCAAUAACUGUGGACUCAGAGAGGUCGUCGGAAGCACUGAGGAGAAACUUUGAUGCGCUGCUCUCUGAUCUGAUCUGAUCGGAUCUGAUCUGCGCAGCAAGUUGCAGCAGGACUUUACGCGCCGGAGAUGCUCUGAGAAGAAGAACUCCAAGUGUGUGACCAAAGUACUUUUCUGCCGCCAGGAAUCUCUCAUUUAACCGUGUUUCUUCAGAGAAGUGCAAUGGUGGAUAUACCGGUUAUAUCCUUAGAUGUGGAUCGGCGGGCAGUGUGUGCCGGAUGCCAGCGGCUGAUCAGAGACAGAUUCCUGCUCAGAGUCACUGACGGCCUCUGGCACGAGGAGUGUGUGCGGUGCGCAGCGUGUGGGGAAGCGCUCAGGAACUCCUGCUUUCUGCGGGACAGCAAACUUUACUGCAAGCGGGACUAUGCCGAUCUAUUUGCAGUGCGCUGUGGGGGCUGUGCCGAGGCCAUCUCUCCUGCAGAGCUGGUGAUGCAUGCAGGGGCCUCUGUGUUCCACCUGCGCUGCUUCACCUGCAGUGUUUGUUCCUGCCGCCUGCAGACUGGAGACCGUUGCAUCCUCAGGGAGGGACGGCUACUGUGCGCCAGAGAGGACUACCACCGGUGUUUGGCCAGUCCUUCGUCUUCUGACACAGGUAAAAGUGAUGAAGAUGAAGAAGAGGAGGAGGAAUGUGGGCGGGUUACGGGCAGACGAGUCAGAUCAGAAGACGUGGAGAGCAAACGUCCCAAAAGGCCUCGCACUAUCCUGACCACCCAACAGAGACGGACUUUUAAAGCUUCCUUUGAGGUGUCCUCCAAACCUUGCCGAAAGGUAAGGGAGACCUUGGCAGCAGAGACUGGCCUGAGCGUGCGGGUUGUGCAGGUCUGGUUCCAGAACCAAAGAGCCAAAAUGAAGAAGCUGGCCAGGAGACAGCAGCAGCAGGAGCAGCAGCAGCAGCAGACACAGGAGCAGUGUGAACACCCGUCACAUCACACAGCGCCCUCUUGUGGCAGUUUGGCCACUGAGAUGAAGCACCUGGGGUCCUCUUAUGCCCACAUUCAGCAGCAGCAGCAGCAGCAGCAGAUGGGACUCACCACACUGGAGCAGCAGGACUGGGACACAGACCCCUUCAGACAGGGCCUGACCCCGCCACAGAUGCCAGGGGAUCACAUGCACCCUUAUGGUUUUAAAGGUUUGUACGGUGACAUGGACAGAGACCCCCUGUGUCACAUGGCUGACAGCGACUGCCUCUCUCUGGGUGACUCCUCUCCGCUCACUCCUAUUGAUCGCCUCUACUCCAUGCAGGACUCAUACUUCACCUCCUGAGGGUGCAUGAUGGUGUAUGUUCCCCAAUCUGUAAUGGCCACAUCAUUUAUCUCUGGAGUGUUAUAAGUUAUGAAAGCACAUGUAAAAUGUCGAAAGGGGACAUGUGCACUGUGAUACCAUGCAAUAUACUGUAUUCACCUCUAUACAAACUUGAUUACACUACUGCCUCUUAAGCUUUACAACCCCUCUGUACAAUGGAGGCUCUGUCAAGUCUCUUGUGUACUGUGAGCAUGAUACUGUCGGACCUCUCUCGCUAAGUUUGAAUGUUAGAUCAUGAGAGCAUAACUGCAUCUACUCGUGUAAAUAGCUGUUUGGGUGUGCAUUUGUAUUUAUUGUCACAAUGUGUGUGUAUGCCGUUCAUCUCGAAUGAAUCAAGACUAUUCAAAAAAGAAUAAAAUAAUGACUGUAACUGAUGUAAAGCACAGGCUGAUGAGUAUGAAGACGGGGCAUUCAUGCU